AUGGUACCGAUGAAGAACAUGUCAAAUAGAACCUUGCAAGACAUUCUACGGGUGACUAAAUCUUUGUCGUCUGACCAAGACGAUGAGCGUCGCGUGGUCAAGAUGGUACCAACGAUGAAGAGUUCAAAUAAAAUUUGGCAAUACAUUCAACAAGCGGCUAACUGGCACGAAAAGCUUCAAGAAUGCGAUGUCUCUCUUCCGCAAAAGGCUAACUUGGUUUGCAAAUUAGGAAGGGCUUUGGAACUUUGCGCGAUGGAACACAUAUGGAAGUUGAAAGAUAGCUCGUAUGGAUUCGCUCUGUUAGAUGGGGAAUGGUCCUGGAUAUUAAUUCUGAGUGAUUUCCUAAAUCCCUUCACAAGGUUUUAUUUAGAGGGAUACCUUCAAACUGUCCUUACCACCAACUUAGGCCUUGACAUUUACAAACGUUUGGUCAACAAAAUCCCCGAAAAAGAAACAAACCACGACAUCAGUUAUCAGAAAUUGGCAAAGUUUUUUGAAAUGUCUGCGGAGUUUGGAGGGGUAUAUAACAGGCGGCCAUCGAAAUAUGAAGCCUUUAUUGACGACAAGACUAAGUGGAUAAGCGACCAGUUCUUCACUCAGCAGCGCCUGGCAGGAGUCAAUCCUAUGUCACUGAGACGAGUUACUCUCGAAGCUGGUCCAGUAGGGUUGGAUUGGGACACACUUUAUAAAACACUGAAUACAGAAUUUGACUGGAAAGGCGCUGUGCAAAAAGCUNAGCUGGUAAAACUUCUUCUAAGAAUGGUGUCGCUAGAAGAACAAUAA